UGAAAUUAACCCACUCGCCCACUACUCGCUGCAUUUCCCCUCACUCGCCACGUGUCGUACUAUAAACUCUCCAAUUUCUUCGAACUAACACACGAAACAUUUUGCAUACAUAUUAAGGAGUCAGUCAUCUAACUCAACUAAUAAAAAAACAAUUAAUUCUUUAAUUCGAAAUUAGUUGAGAUUAUUAGGUCCAUCAAAUCUCUUUAAAACCCACAUGUUUAUUUAUUUCUCAUUCAAAUAAUAAUUCAUUAAAAUAAAUAAAAAAAUAAGAAAACAUGAGUACUUUCUGCAACUCGAUACUGCUUCAAUGGCUGCCUCAUCCGAGGGGGACUCUGCUACUGUACGCCGCCACGUGGACAACCAUCUUAACAGUAACGGUGGCAUUGGCGUCGUUCAUUCCAGAGCUGGCUUUUUUUUCGGCCAUGGCCCCUUCUUCUUCUCUAUCUGAGGCGUGCAGUGAAGCUGGCGCCGCUAGGUUGCCGUUGGAUAUUCCGUCGGAGAAUCUUUGCUUUCCGUCUCGGCUUUUUAAACGAUCCGGAUUGGAUUUUGUUGUGCCGCCGGUUUUUGCAGCGGUGGUCGUCGCCGGUUCGGCCUGUGUGGUUCGAGCUAUGGGCUUAUGGGAAGUUGAAGAUGAUGGGCAGUUCUAAUAUGAUCAUUUUGAACUACAAAUUUAUUUAUUAUUUAUUUUUUGUCGAUUUUGUAU